AUGUUUCACUUGUCAAGAUUGGGGCUUUCUCAGCUUACCCAAAAUUUUACAUCUCCCCUACUUUGCUCAACUAGUAAUUCAUUUAGACAGAUAAUUCCUAAAGCAAGCUUUAUAGGCUUACAUACCCAAUAUUCAACCCUUUCAGAGCCAAUUGACCAUAAAGAUGCAUCUGCUACAAGUUCAAAUAUUUUAGAAAAUACAAUCAAAAGCACAACUGAUUUAACUCCAUUAAAGCUCUCCAAUGAACUAUAUGCAUCAUUUCGCAUUCAUAAUCGCCCAUACUUGGUUACUCUCGGUGAUAAGGUUAUAUUACCAUUCAAACUGAAACAAGCAGAUGUUGGGGACACUUUGAAACUAACAGAUGUCACUAAAAUUGGUUCAAGAAACUACACAUUCGUUGAUAAUCCGAUCGAUCCAAAAUUGUAUAGUUUAAAAGCUAUUGUUAUAGAAAAAACGAAAGGAAAUUUCAUGUAA